CCAUCUUUGACCGGCCAGAGGCUCAUGGGAUAAAGACUUGUGUGCACCAUGAUGAAUUGUCGUGUUGCGGACUGAUCUGUGAUUGACGUGCGUGUCCCUACCUGGUCACCAUGUUCCUGUACAACCUGACCUUGCAGAGGGCCACGGGGGUCAUCUCGGCCAUCCAUGGCAACUUCUCGGGCACCAAGCUACAGGAGAUAAUUGUGGCCAAGGGCAAGAUCCUGGAGCUGCUGCGUCCAGACCCUAAUACUGGCAAAGUGUACACUAUCCUCACCGUGGAGAUAUUUGGGGUCAUCCGUGCCCUUAUGCCAUUCAGGUUGACUGGAGGCUCAAAAGAUUAUGUUGUGGUCGGGUCAGAUUCGGGAAGGAUUGUGAUCUUGGAAUACAUGCCAGGCAAAAAUGCAUUUGAAAAGGUUCAUCAGGAGACGUUUGGUAAGAGCGGGUGCCGGCGUAUUGUUCCUGGUCAGUACCUGGCUGUAGACCCUAAAGGACGUGCCGUCAUGAUCAGUGCGGUGGAGAAGCAGAAGCUGGUAUAUAUCCUAAACAGAGAUGCUCAGGCGAGGCUUACCAUCUCCUCCCCAUUAGAGGCUCACAAAUCCAACACCCUGGUCUAUCACGUGGUCGGGGUAGAUGUAGGGUUUGAAAACCCAACGUUUGCCUGUCUAGAAAUUGAUUAUGAGGAAGCUGACACAGACCCAACAGGAGAGGCUGCAGUCAAGACACAGCAGAUGUUAACCUACUAUGAACUGGACCUGGGACUAAACCAUGUGGUCAGGAAAUACUCUGAGCAGCUUGAGGAACAUGCCAACUUCCUCAUCACAGUACCUGGAGGAAACGAUGGACCCAGUGGUGUGUUGAUCUGCUCCGAGAACUACAUAACUUACAAAAACUUGGGUGACCAGCCAGAUAUUAGAUGUCCUAUUCCAAGGAGAAGGAAUGACUUGGAUGAUCCGGAGCGGGGAAUGAUCUUCGUAUGCAGCGCUACUCACAAAACAAAGUCCAUGUUUUUUUUCUUGGCUCAAACUGAACAAGGAGAUAUUUUCAAGGUGACGUUGGAAGCUGAUGAAGGCAUGGUGACUGAGAUUAAACUUAAAUACUUCGACACAACCAAUGUGGCUUCAAGUAUGUGUGUGCUGAAAACUGGAUUCCUUUAUGUGGCCUCAGAAUUUGGAAACCAUUGCCUGUACCAGAUUGCUAACCUAGGAGACGAUGAUGGAGAGCCAGAAUUCAGCAGUGGUCAACCUGUGGAGGAAGGGGACACCUUUUUCUUUGACCCUCGACCCCUGAAGAACCUUGUUAUGGUGGAAGAAAUGGACAGUUUGUCUCCUAUCAUGUGUUGUCAGAUAGCAGACUUGGCCAAUGAGGACACCCCCCAGCUUUACACGCUUUGUGGCCGAGGCCCACGAUCAUCUCUGAGGGUGUUACGUCAUGGUCUGGAGGUAUCAGAGAUGGCCGUCUCUGAACUUCCAGGUAACCCAAAUGCUGUGUGGACUGUAAAGAAAAUGAUAGAAGACGAGUACGAUGCCUACAUCAUCGUGUCCUUCGUGAACGCCACCCUGGUCCUGUCCAUCGGUGAAACUGUAGAGGAAGUGACGGAUUCUGGAUUUCUGGGAACCACACCCACAUUGUCUUGCUCUCAGCUGGGAGAUGAAGCUCUUGUUCAGAUUUACCCGGAUGGUAUCCGUCACAUCAGACAGGACAAAAGAGUGAACGAAUGGAAAACACCGGGGAAGAAAAACAUAGUGAAAUGUGCAGUGAAUCAGCGACAAGUAGUCAUUGCCCUGACAGGAGGAGAGCUUGUGUACUUCGAAAUGGACCCGACUGGUCAACUUAAUGAAUAUACAGAGCGUAAAGAGAUGUCUGCAGACGUAGUGUGUAUGGCUCUGGGCAAGGUACCGGUCGGGGAACAGAGAUGUCGAUUUCUUGCUGUUGGUCUGUCUGACAACACCGUCAGAAUUAUCUCCCUUGAUCCAACAGAUUGUCUAUCCCCAUUGAGCAUGCAGGCCUUGCCGGCAUCCCCAGAGUCGCUAUGUAUCAUAGAGAUGGGGAGUAUGGAGGCCAGUGUGGAGACCGAUGAAACUGGCUCUGCUGGGGGUCUCUUCCUGAACAUAGGGUUACAGAAUGGCGUAUUGUUGCGGACGGUGUUGGACACAGUGACAGGUGAUCUGUCAGACACCAGGACCAGAUACUUGGGGUCUCGCGCCGUCAAAUUAUUCAGGAUAACCAUGCAGGGAUCAGAAGCAGUGCUUGCUAUGUCGAGUCGCUCCUGGUUGAGCUACACUUACCAGAACCGAUUCCAUCUCACCCCAUUGUCAUAUGAAACUCUGGAGUACGCCUCAGGCUUUGCAUCGGAACAGUGCCCUGAGGGUAUCGUCGCUAUCUCUACCAACACGCUGAGGAUUUUAGCCCUGGAGAAGCUGGGGGCGGUGUUUAAUCAAGUGGCCUGGCCGUUACAGUUCACUCCUCGUAAAUUCGUCAUCCAUCCCGAGUCCAACAACCUGGUUAUCAUUGAGACAGACCACAACGCUUACACAGACGAAACCAAACAGCAGCGUAAACAGCAGAUGGCAUUGGAAAUGGUGGAGGCUGCUCGGCCUGAGGAACAGGAAAUAGCUGCACAGAUGGCCGCUUCCUUUCUGCAGGAAGAGAUGCCAGAGAAUGUGUUCGGUGCCCCCAAAGCUGGUAAUGGUAUGUGGGCUUCGCUGAUCCGAAUCCUUAACCCGGUGACUGGGGAAACCCUCGACAAGGUGGCCCUGGAGCAAAAUGAAGCUGCACACAGUAUCUGCUUAACAAAGUUCGCAAACCAUGGUGAUGACCAGUUUGUGUUGGUGGGCACAGCAAAGGAGCUAGUGUUAAACCCACGCUCACUGAGCGGGGGGUAUGUCUACGUCUUCAAGUUGACGAAUGAGGGAGAGCAACUGGAAUUCAUGCACAAAACAGCCAUGGAUGAAAUGCCUGGUGCAAUCGCACCCUUCCAAGGAAGAGUCCUCAUUGGUGUUGGAAGGCAGCUCAGAAUUUAUGACCUAGGAAAGAAAAAAUUGUUGCGCAAGUGUGAAAAUAAGCACAUACCAAACUUCAUCGUGAACAUCCAGACGACGGGACAGAGGAUUGUGGUUUCUGACAUUCAGGACAGCUUCCAUUUCCUGCGCUACAAACGUCAGGAGAAUCAGCUGGUGAUCUUUGCAGAUGACACUUGUCCUCGCUGGCUCACCUGCUCAUGUUUGCUGGACUUCAAUACGGUGGCUGGGGCAGACAAGUUUGGGAAUGUGACAGUGGUACGACUACCAGCAGACAUUACAGAUGACGUGGAUGAAGACCCCACAGGGAAUAAAGCAUUGUGGGACAGAGGGUUGCUGAAUGGAGCCUCCCAAAAGACUGACAUUGUGGCAAAUUUCCAUGUGGGGGAAGUUGUAACCUCUCUGCAAAAGGCUACCCUAAUCCCAGGGGGGUCAGAAUCACUGGUUUACACCACGCUGUCUGGUGGGAUAGGCAUGUUGGUCCCUUUUACGUCACAUGAGGACCAUGAUUUCUUCCAGCAUUUAGAGAUGCACAUGAGAUCAGAGCAGCCACCCUUGUGUGGCCGAGAUCACCUGUCAUUCAGGUCAUACUACUUUCCUGUCAAGAAUGUGAUUGAUGGAGACCUGUGUGAAAUCUUCAACUCCAUGGAUCUGGGCAAACAGAAGAGUGUAUCAGAAGAGCUGGAUAGAACGCCAAGUGAGGUUUCCAAAAAGCUUGAAGACAUCAGGACCCGCUAUGCUUUCUAAGUAGGGAAGAUAACAGAUGCAGUUGAUGUGAUGCCUGUUCUGAUCGUACCAGUGACCAGAUGUCUGCUAACAGGAAAAGUUGGUUGGAGGGCCUAACAUCGGCUGUCUUCAGUUGAUGGAGGGGCUAACAUCAGCUCUCUUCAUUUGAUGGAGGGGCUAACAUCAGCUCUCUUCAUUUGAUGGAGGGGCCUAACAUCAGAUUUCCUCAGUUGAUCGCAGGGCCUAACAUCAGAUUUCCUCAGUUGAUUGCAGGGCCUAACAUCAGAUUUCCUCAGUUGAUGGAGGGCCUAACAUCAGAUUUCCUCAGUUCAUCGCAGGGUCUUACAUCAGAUUUCCUCAGUUGAUCGCAGGGCCUAACAUCAGAUUUCCUCAGUUGAUGGAGGGCCUAACAUCAGAUUUCUUCAGUUGAUCACAGGGCCUAACAUCAGAUUUCUUCAGUUGAUGACAGGGCCUAACAUCAGCUCUCUUCAGUGAUCGGAGGGCGUCACGUCAGAUCUCUUCAGUUGAUCGGAGUGCGUAACAUCAAAUCUCUGCUGUUGAGCAAAGAUUAUAUCAGAUAUCUCUAGUUGAUCGGAUGGCUUAACCAUCAGAAAUGUCCACCCACAGUUGAUCAUAUCUCUUGUGUAUGUGCAUAAGGCAUGUCACAUUAGACUGAAACCAAAGCUGUGCACAUGACAGUACAUACCUGAAACAGGCUUGUGUAAAUAAAUCCCUGUAAAUAGAACUUCAUUAAAUUGUCGCAGACCUUGAUGGGUCCUUUCAUCUGAAAGUACUGUUGCAGUACCUAAGGAAAGGUUUUCUAUUAAUCCGUGGAUUCCGUGUAAAUAGUGUUCAUCAUCCAGCACAUCAUAAUUGUGAAUAAUUUCAUUAAUAUCUUGCAGCACCCGAACUGUAGAUAAUAAAAUGUUUACACAACUGUGCAUUGGUGUUUAAUAUUGGUUUGUUGUGUUAAUCUACAUUUUAGCUCGCCUGUACGAAGUAAGGAGGGGUAUUGUGAGAGGGGGGAAAAGUGUCUGUGUUGGUGUCUUGUUCAAGUGGUUUCCCAGUGCUGGGCCUUCCAAACUGCAGGUAGAUGGUUUUAUGCCCCCUGAAUCGAUAUUAAUCAUAUGAAAAGUCAAAAACGGUUGAAUUUGGUGAUCAAACAUGAGAAAAUCUACUCUACUACGAUUGUACCAGCGGUAACUUGACCUUGUGACGUCACAGCGGAACAUUCCCUGGGAGCAUGUGAGGCUUCUCUGUGUGCAUCACAAACACCCAGGAGACAAUCGCUAUACUUUUACAGCUAACACAACGCAGGAUACUGUAUAGUUACAUAUAUGGCCUGAAAAUGUCAGAUUAUGAAACUUUGGACCAGGGCCCGUCUUUUUCAAGCAACUUAAGGCUGAAAUCAUAAAGGGCAAGUGCUUAAAGUCAAACUCGGAAGAAGAAAGCUCUCAAAUUGUGGUUAGUACAUUGUUCUGCAGUAAAGAAUCAUUGUACUGAUGGAGGGUUUUUCCAUUAUCCCCUCACCCCCACCUCAACGAAGUUGGCGAGGGAUAGUACAAUGUAGACCCGAUGUUGUCCCUGCUUCUUGCACAUUCGAAUUUGUACAUGCUUACGUUAAAUGGCAAUAGGCUACUUUUUUAUAUCCCCUCCACCCCCUUAGGCGGAUCAUAUUAUGUGAAAGUGAUUUUGUCUGCCCCUUCGUGUCUGGGCUCUAAUUUAAUUUGUGGUGGAUGCAUACACAGAUGACGAUGUGUUGCAACUUACAUUUGUCGAUUUUCGCAGUUGUCAUGGUAACUAGAUAGCCAUUUUCCUUAUAUAUAUACACUACAUAAAUCGAUAUGAUUUUUGUGUCCGAGCAACAACCCCCACCCCGACUCCGUUUUCCACACACAGUUUUAAUUUUUGGUGGAUACGUAGGUACACAGAUGAUUUCACAGUUGUCAAGGUAACCAGAUAGCCAUUUUCCUUUUAAAUACUACAUAAGUGAUAAUGUGUCUGGACUACAACUAUGUUUUCCACAUCGUUUUUGUUUUUGGUCGAUUCUCAGAUGACGAUGUGUCGAGAUUCACGCCCAUUUUCGCAGUUGAUAUGGUAACCAGAUAGCCAUUUUCCAUAUAUACAUAUAUAUACACUAUAUAGAUAUGAUUUCAUGUCUUUGCUAUAACUCGUUUCCCCACACAGAGUUUAAAUGUUUGGUGGAUACUUAGAUGCACAGAUGUGUUGCGACUCGCAUUUGUCCAUUUUCGGAGUUGUCCUGGUGACUAGUCAUUUUCCUUGUAUAUACUAUAUAAAUGUGAUUUUCGUGUCCAGGCAACACCCUCCCUCUGUUUUUCUCGCAGAUUUUUAAUUUUUGGUGGAUACAUAGAUACACAGAUGGCAGUGUGUCAUGCACUCCCAUUUGUCCAUUUUCACGGUUGUCUUGGUAACUAGAUAGCCAUUUUCCUUAUAUUUUACUUCAUAUAUAGAAAUGAGUUCAUUUUCGGGCUACAACACCAACUGUUUUCCACAUAGUUUGGAUUUGAGCUGGACACCUUUGUCCACUUGCGAUGAAGAUUCGCCUCUGGUUUUAUACCGGUCACAAUGCUGCUGGCAUUCUUUCAUGCAUUUCUUGGGGGCGUAUGUUGUGUUCACCUGAAAUCUUAUUUUGUAAUUACUCUCCUUCCAAGACUGCGCAACAGUGUUCAUAUAUUUAGAUUUUGUCCAGGCAUCUUCCAAACUACUGCGCCGAUUUUGAUCAAACUUACCAUACAUUUUGCCUAUCAUCUGAACUUGUGCAUGUUCAAGUUCAUUGGCAAUCGGGUGAUCAUUUUCAGGGGAGGUAUUGUGAGAAGGGGGUCAGAUGCUGUCGGUAUCCGGUUUGGGUAUAGCUUUUGGCCAGUCAUAAGGUUGCAGUGGCCACCCAUAGUACACAGAUAGCCAAUCAUUGGCAGCGAUUUGCAUUUCAAAGACCAAGGAAGCCUUAUUUCAUAGCUCAACAUUUUCCUCCGCUAUUUCACAGGAUUGCAAUUGCCUUCCAUAGUACAUUGAUGGCUAAACGCAAUUUGCAUAUCGAAGAUCUCUUUGGUAAGUCUUAGUUGUGCGCUAACUUCGUGGAGUGUCCUUAACCACCGCAAUGAUUUACAACUCGUGAAUUCACAGCACUUUUUGUUUAUCACAACACAACUUUAACAACCAGCACACAUGUCAACUUAUCGCUAAUAUUCAGGUUAUUUUUUUUUAAUAACUUCUCACACAAAGAGUUAACUGUCUGUUUUUUUGCAAUAUUGUCUAAUUUUCUUAGACAUCUGGUGGGGUGUUCAUUGGCUAUGUCUGCGUAGUGACUAAAAACCGGUUACGAAGCUUAGGUGAACUGCUUGUUUGUCUUUAUUUGUUUAUUUUAAUUCCCAUGUUUCUAUCGCUAAAUUGGUUUGGACGGCUCUAACUUUGCAAGAAUAAAUCAGCAGUAUUCAAAUCUCCAAUCUAGAAAUAAAUUACUUGAACUAAUGUAACCCAUCACAUAGAGGAAUAUUUAACUUUUCUAACAUCGUUGAAUAGUAUAAGUCUUAAUUUUUCCCAGAAACAACUCGUGUGAUGUACUGUGUAUGUACCUGUAUAAAACACAAAAAUGCUGAUAAUAUAUCGGUAAUAUUGACCUCCAAAGUUGACUUGUUCGUCAAAAUAUGUUGGAAAUUGCGUGGGUCUGGUUCACUGUUUU